AAACGGAUGCAUUUUCUCGCCUUUCUCCUUUCUAGUGCAUUAUUAGCGGAAGGGGCACUAACGGAGUUGUCAGAUGCACUUCUCACGAGAAAAGAUACAUUGAUUGGAACCUAUUGAAACGAUUGCCUACACAGGGAACGAGACAUCGUUAGCUGAAGAGAAUAUUUGUAAUAGAGUUCUAAGUGGUAUCAGAACACCCUCAACCGGUCAGGCAUUUUCUAAUCCGGUUGAAUCAGUGCCCGGUGGGAGGUGAAUGCAAUAAAUCACUUCCUAGUACUCAAUCAUAUUCGAUCGCUGACGGCGAUGGUGAGCUAAGCGCAGCUGAACCCAUCUGAAAUGAAGAAACCGCCACUCGUAGUGAAAUAGAGAGAAAUAAAAACGCCCUAAUCAAAUCAGUGCAGACAGUGAAACUUGCCGAAUUCGAGGCGAAUCAAUAGUGCAUAAAUAUCGCAACGGUAUGAAAGUGGGUGGCAGAAGAAAAAUGGCCCCCGGUCGGCUGCUUCCUCUGCUCCUGCUGGGUAUGUUGUGCCACGGUAGUGCUGAUGCCGCUGUUCCACCACCGUCAACUGGUGCGAGUGUGGAUACAGAGGUUGCAGCGGCAGCAAUUCUGAACAAAGAUUUUGUCGGAAAGAAGUUUCUACCAGACCUCAGUGAUGUGAAGCUGGAUGCAGUUCCGGAACUUCAUCAGGGCGCAGCCAAGCAGUUCAAGGCUCUGUGGGAUGAACACCUCACCGGAGCCAAGGAAUAUGAUGUAGUAAAAGAUAUUCCAUUCACGUUGAUCGUCCCGGAUAGGAUCGACCGGUUGGUGUUCAAAGGCAGCGAGUCGCGUGCCAAGGAAUUUCUGCUGGAACACGUCAUUCCCGGGGCGCUGAUGGAGAUGAAAGACCACAACGUUUACGGCAAUAUGAACCGGCACUCGGUGGGCGUCAAUUUAACCUGCGUUAACAUGCUGAUGGGCUACGUACUGCAGUACAUGAGCCACCAGGAGACAAAGUACGCCGCCCGGCACAACGUCAGCGACUCGUUGACUAUGAUCUUCAUCGAGGGAAACCUUACCGACAAUAGAGCGGUGAACACCAAUAAAUUGAAUAAGCGAAAUAUCCAGGAAAACAACCGAUAUAACGAACCGCAGCGAUUGGAGAUGAAGAAUGCUACCAAAGAGCUGGCGGCCAUCAAGGAGAACCGAAUUGGGCAACACUUGAUGAACUUUCUGGCAAGCAUGAAGUCCGGCGCUAAGGUUUUCCAGCACUUCCUCUCCAACAGCAAUUUGAGCCAACUGCUGGACGACAGCUCCUACAUGGUGCUGAUUCCCUCCGAUACCGCAUUCCAACGGUGGCAUCCGAUCGAUUGGGGAUUCUACCCGUUCAGUGUGCAGGAAUUCACGGAGAGUGUUCUGCGGAAUCACUUUGUUCGUGUGCGACAGCCCCUCCGAAUGGCCGACCUGCGUACAAUGACCACGGAGCAGAGGUUUAAAACUCUCGGCGGAGAGUAUGUAGUACUUAAGGGCAGGCCUUCCCCAACCGUGAACAAUGUGUCCAUUUUAUACGAUUACACACUAUCCAAUGGAGUCGAAGUGUUUGUCAUCUCUGAAGUCUUGUUCGUGUCCGAAGCGGUCGUGUCACGAUUGCAUCAGAUGCAUAAGGAUAAGGAAACUCCUCCGCUGCUAGCCUUCCCGUGGUUUGGUGCCCAGUUCCUUUCACACUCAUUCCUGGCACUGGAACGUGACAAUCGAUUCACGCAGAUCACGCGCUUCCUCAACACAGCCGAGAUCGCUCAAUACAUAUCCGGUUCCAACUAUACCUUCUUCGUACCCACAGAUGAAGCUUUCGAACGGUACAGCUUCGACAUUUUGUCGGACAAUGUUCUCGCAUCGGAAAAAGGCGUCAAACUGUUGUUGAACCAUUUCAUCAAAGGUCGCCUGUACGAUCGCGACUUGAGGGAAGGUGAAGUUUUGGAAACUAUCGGAGGCCUUCCGGUGAAGAUUCAUCGGACGUUCGAUAACAACGUGACUGUGAACAGCGCCAGGAUCAUCGAAUCAGAAGUUUUUGUUUACAACCUGGGAACGAUGUUCUACGUGAACGACGUUCUCUACCCGGAGCAGCUUAAGGAAGAAGUGACAGCCAUUACAGAAAUGAGGAACCCAGAUAAGAAUAUCCCACCGGAAGACAUCGGUGACGUUUAUACGACCGAACGCAGCCCAGCAGAGCACCCUGCCUCAGUGCCCACAACGAUACAACGGAUACAUUUUACGACAAGCCCCGAUGUGGAGAUUGUGCCACUGGAAAUAACCGAACCCAAUGGUAACGAGGGUGACAUUUUGCUCCAGGAGGACGAAAUUAUCACGCCCAAGGCGUUGCCGGUAAAGUACUACUUUGCGCCAAAGAAAUAAGUACGAAACUUUGGCGCAAACAGCAAAUUAAGAGAAAGCUUUAUUAUAAGCUGUGCGAUUUCAGCGAUUCGAAAACUCCCGAUAUUGAAAUUUUUUUUCGUGUUACCCUCAGAAAUUCUGAACAACUUUCACUGAAUUCACUCGAACCCCUUGGAAAAUGGUAGAUUUGCACUACAAUAAAUUUUGGAACUGACCCAGAAAAGGGUUAAAAUACACUAAUUCAUCCUAAAUUGUUCGAGUGAUAUCCAGCAGCGGAUCGAACUUUCCAAAAUUUUUUUAGAAACAUCGCGGUAAAAGCUUUAAAAAAUCAAUUAAAGAAUAGUCUUCCCGGAAUUUUACAAAUUCAAAAAGUUAGAGAUUAUCGAACAUAACAUUUGGCAUUGGCUCAAAAUAGUUGGAAACUAAAAAACUAGCUUAAAAAUUAUUGUAGCGAACAAAUCGUCGCUGACAACCAUAUCCAGCAUAUGCAAGACUUUAAACCAGAAGCAAAUAACAAUCCCAGCAAUUUUCCUGCGCAUUGCGUGGAACACACAUUUUAAACAGCGCCGUAAAAUAUAUUAUGAAUCCACUGACAGGCUUAAGCACUAGGUUAAGAGCAUUGAAUAAUAAUAAUCUCAUUAGCUGUAUAAAAUCAAAGAUAACUCCAAAAUAUUUAUUGAAACAAUGACCGUUUUCUCACGCAUACAUGUUGUACCUCUAGAGUAGUAAACUAAAAAAAAAACAAAAACAUGCGACGUUGAGCUUACGAAUGCUAC